UUGUAUACCCAAGCAGUCGAUGACCCCCACGAUCGCUGUUUGAAAUCAAUCGGAUCAGUAGGUUUCACCGCUGGCGGAUGAACCGGUACUCGAGCACUGCGAAAUCAUGGAAUUUCUGACGAUUCUUAUUCUGCUCGGUUGCACUGGUGUCGACGUUUUAGCGCAAGCUUUGAAAAACGAUCACUUGGACGAGCAGUUGAAGCAAACGAAAAUCGAAAUAGCCAAACUCCACUUUCGAGAAGAAUUGCCAGUUCAGAGAAAACUGUACCACGUGCAAUGGAAUAAGCUGUGGCAAGAGAACCUUAACAAGGAUCGACCCUUCGUAGUGAACGCGUUCAACAAAGUAGUCUUCGUCGAAGGGAAUCGCAUCGCGGCAUUUUCCGUCGAUGCGUCUCUUUCGGACCACACCACCAUUCAGGAGGUCACUUUAAUUCGUGGCAGUGGCACCAUUGCAUUCGUCAGGAGCAUCGUCUGGAAGACCAUUCUGUAUCUACUGGUUUGCUACAAGUCGGGCUCGUGCAGUCUAUACACGGGAACGGAUAAUUUUCAAUUAAGACACCGACAGACUAUGCAACAUAAAGGACAUCCCAUGGACGCCAGCUUCUUCGCUCGCGCUAAUCGACUUUACCUCGUGGUAGCUGAUAACUCGGACAAAUUCACUGUACCAUCCUUAAUAUAUCAUUGGAGAGGCACGUACAUGGACGUAGUAACGGAGGUGAUGACUACUGCUGCCGUGUCGGUCACCACGUUCAAGCACAAACAGUCGACAAUCAUAGUCUUCGCACAAAACAGCAGAAAUGGUCCUGGCAUCGGCUCGAUGGUGUACGAAUUCAAGGAAACCAGCCCGGACAGAAUACAGUUUCUAUCGACCUACGACCCGGUUUCUGUUCACCAUUACAAUCACGCAGGCUUCGAUUUCAUUUUCUUGAUGAACGAGCACGGUCCGAGCAACUUGUUCUGGUGGGACGGACAAGAAUUGUUGAACUGGCUGCAGAUUCCUGAAAUCGAGACGCCCAAUUUGAUCCGCGUGGUCAACGUGGACGACGACACCUUCUUCUUCACGGGCUACCGCGACGGUCUGAAACUAUACAAGUUUGAGAAUGCAUCGGAUUGCACUCUAGCGAGCGCUAUAAGGUUGCCAGAUGACGAGACUGUGGUCGACGUACUAACCAGGGGCGAUGAAUCUACUGUGAACGCGUUGUUGGUCACCGUGAACCUGGAUAACGUUUACACCAUUGCAUCGUGGGAGUUGCAGAUCAAGGAACUACCUUCCGAACACUCGAUCGGGGAGACGGACGUCCUGUCCAAACAGUUGUCGAUGCUCGUCGAGAUAUUGCAACGAAGAAAGCCGUUCGUGGAUAAAGCUGAAUCCUCGUGGGCGUCUUUGUUACCGGCGAACGAAGACUUAACGAUAACAAAACCUUUGGUAUUCCCAGAUUUAACAUUGGAAUCGGGAACCAUAGGAAAUAUCGAUGUCUUCGUGUCCGAAGAUAUCGUUCUUCCUAGAGAUCUCCAACGAAACUUGGACGCUUUGAUUCGCGACGUUAACGAUACUUUAAAGUCGUCGAAGAGUCUCCUAAAAUUGAGUAACGUACAUUCGUUGGUCGGCAAUGUCGUCGUUCGGGGCGAUGCGUCUGUCGGGAAACUGGAAAUUGACAAGAUGGACGUGGAUUUCUUGAACGAUGUUAAUAUUCAAUCAAGCGACGUCGACUCCAAUGGGUCUGCGCAACAUUUCGCACCCUUGCGCGGAAAGAAUAUCAUAGUACACGAUCUCGAAGUUGGUUCUCUUUGCGGGAUUCCGUUCCAAUAUUGGGCGACGAAUACCGUCAACGACACGUCAAGAAUGCAAAUAAACGUCGAGCCAGACAAGAUUGAAUUUUCAAACGAUUCUAUUCGUUUACAUACGAACGUGUCGUUACCAAAAUUCAACGCAAAAACGUUGAACGGCAUAAAUAUCGAUGAAUUUCUCAGCGAGCUGUUCCUUCUUCAUCGAAAUCAAAAGAUUAAAGGGAACAUUACGUACAUUGAUUUAUUAAGUAUCAACAAACUCACGACGCAAACUUUGAAUGGAGAACCAUUGGAGAACUAUGCGAAUACGAAAACUGAACAGAAUUUCCAUAAUUUCGGGAUAAGGUCGCUUCGGGUGGAUAACUUGCUCGCGGAUUCGAUCAAUGGCGUCUCGGUAUCCGAAGCUGCACGAAAAUCCCGUGAAAACACUAUCAAAGGAGAAGUGAAACUUGCAAACCUACACGUAACCGAUAAAUUAAUAGCGGAGUCUGGCUUUAAGCUUCCUGAAACUAGACAGCUCCAACUUUACUUCAACGUUACCGUUCGAGGCGAUUUGACGGUAGGAGCUCUCGAUUUGGAUAAGUACUCCAAGGUGCUCGUGAACGACGAAGAAGUAAGCCUAGACGGUAUCGUCGAGAACUUCUGGACGAAAUCGACCGAUCAGGUGAUCGAGAAUGAUGUCGUGUUCGAAAACAACUUAAUCGUCGAUCAGCUAAACGCGGAGUACUUGAACGGAUUUACCAAACACGAAUUCUUGUACACAACUGCGACGGUGGUGCCAGAAAGUUUCAGAAACUUGCAUUUCGAGAACGUUCACAUCGACGACAUGUUUUACGUGGAGGGAGAGAACAAUAGCCUCUUCGACGUUGCCCCCGAAUCGUUAACUAUCCGAGAAAGUCUGCACCUGAAGAAUCUCCGCGGAAGUAAACUAUUCGUGAAAGUUUUCAAUGGUUUUUUCGUGGCUGAUAUACUGAAUGGUAAUCGGUCGCUCGAUUUUCCAAAGAGCAUGGGUUUCUCGACGAUUCGAGCAAAGCAAGUGAACGUAGACGAGCUCGAAUUUCUUUUCAUUAACGGUAUGGACGGUACCACGUUCUUGGAGAACGCGGGGAAUAUUCGGAAAACCCAGCCAGCGAAUUUCUCAAAGAUCCCAGAGUUUCGAGCUGAGAAUCUUACAGUUGACAGGUUCGAUGGUAUCGAAAUGGAAAAGUUCGCGUUGCUGAGAAAUAUGAGGGACUUGAAGCACCUGGUGAUAGAAGGUGACCUGACGGUGAAGGGUGAUUUGAGAGUAGAACGGAUCGACGAUCAGCCGACCGAAAUUUAUCUAAAGAAUAUGGCUACACAGGACAUUGUAUUCGACACCGAAAGGACGAUCGACGAGCUGAUCGUGCAGAACGUCACGAUGAGGUCUCUGAACGGUCGGAACGUGAACAAUUUCUUUCAGAAUCUUUUGUCAAAGUCGAAGGAACAAAUUAUACCGGGAAAAUUCUCUUUCUAUGCGAUUACUAGCAACAACGUCGAAGCUAGGUUCAUCAACGAUCGAAGUACUUCUCAAUUGAUGUGGAUCGACGAGCCUCUGUUUCUAGCAGGAAACGUGACGUUCGACGAUCUAGUUGUGGAAAACGUUUUAACGAAGACUUUGAAUGGCCGCGACGUUGAAGAAUUGUACGAGAACUUGCUCGACGUGCAGGCAACAAGGAUCAACGAUUUAAAAGUAAAUGGAAAUAUCACUUGGAUUGUUCCUUCGACGAAUUCUGGGUCUUUGACGUUCCUAUUCGAAAACGCGGUAAGCAAGACCAUCGAUCAAACUAUCCACGGUGAAACGGUCUUUAAAAAUGGUGUAACGAUGUCAACGUUAACGGCAUCAUGGAAAGAAAUCGAAGAGAUACGCGAUAUCGUGACCGACGCAGUAAUCGACGAUGAAGACGUCCAAGUGGCUGGACGAAAGGUCUUCAAGGAGAACCUAUUUAUCGAUACUCUGACGGUGACCGACGAUAUAGAGAUUCCUGUGAUUAAUAACGUCGAUAUUCUCGAGUUCAAUAGCGCCGUAGUUAGGAAAGAUCAGGAUGAAACGAUAACCGGCUCUGUAACUUUCCUCGAAGAAGUGGCCAUCAACGAGAUGCUCGCGAACGACAACGUCCACGAUGUACCUCUGGAGAAGUUAGUUCUGGCGACCGAUUCUCUACCCUCUGAGGUAUCAUUUAAACAUCUCGUCGUGUUGAAAGAUGUAGCCCUGAAAUAUCUAGACGGUAUAGACUUCGACGAGUUCGUAAAAGAUCGCGUAACCCUCGAUGGAGACCACGACAUACUUGGCGGCGUGCAAUUCAACGGCGUCGUUGAAGUAACAGGAAACGCGAACGUCACUCGAAUCAACGGAAUACAUACCUCCGAUUUGGUAAUCAACGGGCUGGAAGAAAUUCAAGUCAUAUUCGGCGCGAAGACCUUCGAAGAGGAUGUCGUGGUCGAUAGUAACGUUUACGCGUCGUUGAUCAAUGGAGUCAACAUAUCUUUGGAGUAUGAGAACGGUGUACAAAACGACGAAGACGUGGAGAUAAUUGGAGACUUGAUUUUCGAGUCGGAAGUCAGGGUUCCGGAAGACGUAACUGUUUCGAACCUGGUGAACGGGAUGAUUUUACAUACGAUUCUUGACGACUUGAAAGAAGAGGCACACGAAAUUCUGCGAACCUUGAAGCGAAACGAAACCGAAUUGGAUGACAGGAUCGUACAGUCCACGUUGAUUUCUGAAACGCUCCGGAACGUCUUCUCAUAUUUAGAGGUGGAGGAGGGAUUGAAGAUUCACGUGCCCAACAUCAAAACGGUGGACGUUGCGGAUUACGAGGAAAUAACGAAGCUGAACAUGUUAGGGGAAGAACCGGGACCUAUCUGCGGACUUCCUCGCAAUUGUUCGUGCCCAACGGAAUAUGUAGCCGAACUGACGAAAAAUGAUUGUCGCGUGUGGAGAACGAACGGCUCAGAGAUAGUGAGGAAUUAUCACGAAUUGCACAGUAUAUUCGGUGUAAACGUAAUCACGAAUGCAGUCUCGUACAGCCCUGAAUGUACCUCAAAUAGAACCGAGGACGAGUUCGUCAGGAUCUCUUGGAUGAAAUCUGGAACGUUGGAUACGGGAGACUUGUUGGUAGAUGCGAAAGAAACGACUUUCAGGACUGGAGAAUUCGUGAAAGAUGCAGCAGUCUUCAUGACACACGAUAAUGCAGCUUACGUGAUCCUGGCAAUCUACUACGAUGCACUGCGGGCAACGCACCGUACAGAUUCCGUGAUAUAUAAAAUUGAUUUCAAGGAUAACGUCACGUCGCUACACCAGAAACUUCCCACCGACGGUGCCUGGGAUAUUGAAGUCUUUAAAACAAACCACCGCAAUGUAUAUAUACUCCUGGGUUGCUUUGGAGAUUCUGAAAAGUCUUUUUUGUAUAGGUUGGAUGCAACUACAUCCAAGUUCGUAUUGUUGAGGACUUUUGGAGGCAGAACGCGCAACGUGAAGAGUCUGUUUCAAGAAGAGGAUCACUUCAUUUUGUUAGACGAUUACGAUACAAACGCGGUAAACAUUUUCCACUACGAUUUAGCUUUUGAUAACUUUAACAAUUAUCAAAGUCUUUUCCACGAUUCGAGAGUUAACGGAAUCGAAUGUUUCUAUGCGGAUGCGUUCGGUGAAAGCGAUUCUUUCAUCGUUGUUACGACGGAGAAUGACCAGUUUUACAUUUACGAGUACAUGUUUGCUCAGAAAUUCCAAAUGCGAGUACAUCAUCGGAUGGAUGAUCUACAAACGAUGGUACCGUUCUAUUAUGCCGGAAGUCGUUACAUUUUUACGGGAACAAGUACCAAUAGCACGAUAUUGCGAAUCGUCCAACAGGGGCCGCAUUAAAAUUUGUAUUAUAGUCUUAGAUUGCACGUUUAUCUACCGUUGUUAACACGCGAUACUUGUAUAUAAAUCAACGUAUCCCUCAUAUGUUAUGCGCAAUAUAAUAUAAAGCGUAUUGAAAGUUAUAUGUAUUCAUACUACAUUUGCGACAUUCAAAUCCUAAACAAGGUUUCGUAUCAGCUGAAUUGCGCCAGCGCGAUUGCGACGAGACGGCUGGGCUUUAAUUUGUUCAUUUUACGCGAAGUAGAAUCAAGAAAUGAAUAGAUGGGAUUAAAUCAGAG